AUGCUGGGCAGCCCGUCCAACAACGGCGGCGUCAGGAUGCUGGCGCCCCCGGCCCCCGGCGACGACCGGCGGGUGGAGUUCGUGGCGCUCACCGCCGUCCACACGGAGCGGAGCGAGCCGUCCACGCCGGAGCGAGGGCUGCCGUCUCACCGCACCGGGCUGCUGGGCACUCCGCUGCCGGGACCUCCGGGACCCCGGACCAACACGUCGGCCACCGGCAAACGCUUCCGAAAGUUGCAGAACUGCUUGUACAACGUCCUGGAGAGACCGAGGGGAUGGGCCUUCAUCUACCACGUCUUCAUUUUUCUUCUGGUCUUCAGCUGCUUGGUGCUGUCCGUCUUCUCCACCAUACGUGAACACCAGGACUUUGCCAACCAGGGCCUCUUCAUCCUGGAGUUUGUGAUGAUCGUGGUGUUCGGGAUGGAGUACUUCAUCAGGAUCUGGGCGGCGGGAUGCUGUUGCCGAUACCGCGGCUGGCAGGGGCGGCUGAGAUUUGCCCGGAAGCCCUUCUGCGUCAUCGACUUCAUCGUGUUCGUGGCGUCGCUGGCGGUGAUCGCGGCGGGCACGCAGGGCAACAUCUUCGCCACCUCGGCCCUGCGCAGCAUGCGCUUCCUGCAGAUCCUUCGGAUGGUGCGUAUGGACCGGCGAGGAGGCACCUGGAAGCUGCUGGGAUCGGUGGUCUACGCUCACAGCAAGGAGCUGAUUACGGCGUGGUACAUCGGCUUCCUGGUGCUCAUCUUUGCCUCCUUCCUGGUCUACCAGGCUGAGAAGGACGACAACACCGACUUCAGCAACUAUGCAGACUCCCUCUGGUGGGGGAUUAUCACGCUGACCACCAUUGGUUACGGCGACAAGAUCCCUCGCAGCUGGCAAGGUCGUCUUCUGGCCGCCGGCUUCGCCCUCCUGGGCGUCUCCUUCUUCGCCCUGCCCGCCGGAAUUCUGGGCUCGGGCUUUGCCUUGAAGGUGCAGGAGCAGCACCGGCAGAAGCACUUUGAGAAGAGACGCAUGCCCGCCGCCAACCUCAUCCAGGCGGCGUGGCGCCUUUACUCCACGGACGCCAAACACUCCUACCUGACGGCCACCUGGUACUUCUACGACAGUAUGCUGCCCUCUUUCAGAGAACUGACGCUGCUGUUCAGUCACCUCCAGCGGCAGCGUAACAUCAACAAGAAGGUCCUGCACAACUCCUACCACACGCCGCUGUCAGGGCUGCGGCCCUACAGCGCCCCCUACCUGUCAGGGGACAGCAAAUUAGGCUUCCGGGAUCGCAUCAGGAUGAACAAUUCCCGGUCCAGCCAAGCCAUCCGCAGCAAGACCUCGCCGCAGCCGCCCGCCCCCGCCGUGAGGCGCUCGCCCAGCCAGGAGAACGUCCCCGAGGCCGGGAGCCCCGGGAAGGUGCAGAAGAGCUGGAGCUUCAACGACCGCACGCGCUUCCGCACCUCGCUACGACUCAAAGCGCGCCCGCCCGCCUACGUGGACGGGCUUGGCGAGGACAGCGUGGAGGACAAAGGCUACUGCGAUGUGGCCAUGGAUGAGGUCAUCCCCGCCGUGAAGACGCUCAUCCGCGCUGUCAGGAUCCUGAAGUUCCUGGUGGCCAAGAGGAAGUUCAAGGAGACGCUGCGUCCCUACGACGUGAAGGACGUCAUCGAGCAGUACUCAGCGGGACACCUGGACAUGCUGGGACGCAUCAAGAGCCUGCAGAUGCGAGUGGACCAGAUCAUCGGGCGAGGGGCGGUCCAGCCCGAUAAGAAGGCGCGGUCCGAAAAGGGGGAGAAAACGCCGCCAGAGCUGGACUCUCUGGACGAGCUCAGCAUGAUGGGGCGCGUGGUCAAAGUGGAGAAACAGAUUCAGUCCAUCGAGAACAAGCUGGACCUCCUGCUCAACUUCUACUCUCAGUGCCUGAAGAAAGGCUCCUCCCACCUCACCCUGUCCACCCUGCUGGACCCGGACCUGACCUCAGACUACCACAGCCCCACGGACCAAAGAGACCUCUUCCCGUCCGCCAACACGCUCAACACCAUCUCCCAGUCGGAGAGCUGCAACUUGGAGUCGCAGUGAGCGGGAAACUACGGCAGGCUCCUUAUUUUUAUUUCAUCUUUUUAUUUUUAUUUUAUUUUUUUUAACCCUGCGUCCUGCAUCCUUAUGAGUGCUGCAGCCAGAGGCCACUAGAGGGCUCCACUGGACCCCCCCUGAGACGCCCCUCGGUCCUGCAGAUGAGGACGAAGACGAGAGACAUGUCGUCCAGCCUUGCUUGUUACAUCUAGCAAACAUUAGCAAAGCUAGUUUGGUGCAGACCGUGUCCCCAUUCUUUCCGGUAAGUUCCCAAGGGUACUCAAGGUGAACACGGGAAGAAUUAUGACUGAAUGGAAGCACAUUCACAAGGACAAAGGUCCGUGUUUGCUUGGUGCAUCGUUGCCCGUGCACGCUGGAGUCUACCUCCGUGUUUACGUACCGUAGCGGCAUUAUCACACCCGACGUGUGAAAGAACAUGAAGAAGAAUGCACCGUGCUGCAUGACGUAGAAGCUUUUAGGAAGGGCUCGCUCGGGCCCGGGAUGCACAAGGGGAGGAUCUGUGUGCCUUCAGCAAACAGACGCCGCCAUCUUCUGACCGUGCGUUGGAUUUUUAACGUUGUAAAUAUGUCUUCCUUUUCGACGUACGCGUCAGCACUUCCUCAAGAGGAUCAAUGAAAAUGGCACAUUCUUCUCUUU